UACGUCGAAGAUUCGAUUCGGAGAGCUCAAUACCACAGCCUAAUACUUAAGGGCACCACGAAUCAAUUAGGAAAAUGGCCGAACGAUCUCUUCAGUUCGUUUAUGACAGCGUGCCUUGUUAUUAGCGGUUUUAUUCUUCUUGCCUUCGUCACGGCGAUAUUUUGUUCACCCAUAGAGAACGAUGAUAACUGCUGUGAAUUGAACAUUUCCGAAGAUGAAUGUUCCUUUAAUGUCUAUUUUGUGAAGGAAGCUACGCAGGUCUGGUCCGGGAAAGAAUUCUGUUAUAUCGAGGCUGCGGCGAGAGAACAACCCAAUCUGAAUAUACACUUAAUUAAUUUGAUGCGUACUUCCGGUACACUGAACGCAUCGGAAGUUCAUCUCAAAAUGGCACUGGCCAGCAAAAAUGCCAAUAUUCACAUCGCCGACUUAUUGAUUGACAAAUUUUUUAGCAAAACGGAAUUAUCAAGUGUUGCGAAAAAUUUGAGCAAUGAAUUAUUGCUGAUGGCGGCGAGAGCGUAUCUGCUUUGGAACUUCCCCGGAGUUGCAAUGCAUCCCAGCGCAUAUUGCAAUUUGUCAGUCGUUAAUAAAUCUCGGUGGAAUAAAGUGGGAAAACGAGACUGUAUGCCGGAUACGCUGGACAAAUUUGUCACGAUUGAUCCAACGAUCGAUUUGCAAGCGACAGAUGUGCAUUGUCAAGCGUUUCUAGGAUUUUUACUACGGGAAAUAUCUAAGAAUGCAACGCAAAUAUACAGUUUGAAGAAUGCAUUGGAUAAAUUUUGUCCAAGGAUUGACAAUUGUCCUGAAGUACGAGUACUUGAUUUAAAAUCGCGAUGUUCGGUCAACGCUUUCGAUUGUCCUACUGUGUAUACAUCUGGAAAAUCUUGGGAACUUAUCACAUAAUCAGUAAAUUUAUUUAGAAAACCAUGAAAAAACGAUUUCCAUCUCAUGAAAUUUAAUGUGAUCUGAUCUAUAAUAUAAAUAUAAGAAAAUGAAGAAUUAAAAAA